UCUCAGUCUCAGUCUCAGUCUCCGACUUUGUAGCGAUGUGGGACGAUUGCUAUGAAGGUAAGUCUCUCUUGACCCCUGCAUCCGCCUCUAAACUCUGUUUGUCCAUAACUGAUGUGGUCACAAAUUGGCUAAAGUCUUUCCCUGAAGAAAUCAUACCCAGCAUUCUAAUCAGACUACCCAUCAAAUCCCUCAUCAGAUUCACCUCUGUCUGCAAGUCUUGGAGGUCCACUAUCAAAGACCCAAGCUUUAUCCGCACCCACCUCGCCCACACUCUCAAUUUCAAUGACCAAAAUGCCACUCACCUCCUUCUCCUCCACACUGUUUUCAGUCAAGGCGUUUCCUACCCUCUCGGAGUUCGUCACAUCGUAGGGUUUAAACAAGACCCUUACUCCUUGCAUUAUGAUAACAAUGAUGUCAGUCAGUGCUGCAAGGUUGAAUUUCCAAUUGGUCUUAAGGAAGAAAUGAUCAAUCCGUGUUUUCGUGUUGUGGGUACUUGUGAUGGGCUCGUUCUCCUUGCUGAUGAUUUGGGGCUUUAUGCUUACAACUUUGUUAUGUGGAACCCUUGUGUAAGAAAGUAUGUGAUCCUUCCUGAGCCCAGUGUUAGGUUUUCGACACACGGAGGGUAUGAGGCUUCCCUUGGUCUCGGUUAUGAUGUUAUUGGGAAUGACUAUAAGGUUGUGAGACUUACCACCCUUUUGGAGCAACAGGGCAUGUUUGAUACAUGUCCAACUUUAGCUCAGGUUUAUUCACUAGCCAAGGGAUCUUGGGGCCGGCUUCGUUCUGAUCUUCCUCCAUGUGGAAUGCUUCCUGACUUGGGCCAGGCUUUUGUUAAUGGGGCACUUCACUGGCUGGCUAUUCGUUGGGAAGGUGAUGAUGUUAUCUUUUUUGUUUUGGCAUUUGAUGUGGGCAGUGAGUCAUUUCGGGAGAUAAUGUUGCCCAAGACGUUCAAAAUGGAGGAGUCAUUGGAGUUGAGGUUGUCUCUUUCCGGAGAUAGAAAAUCCAUUGGUCUGUUCGUGAGGUUUCAGGAUGAGUCUGAUUGUUUUCUUGAUAUAUGGGUGAUGAAGGAGUAUUGCAUUGACAAGUCAUGGACCAAAUUGGUAAUUCUCUGCCCACAAGGUCCGCAAAGAAGUUUACCCAAUGCAUUGUGUUUUAGGAGGAAUGGUGAAGUGGUGUUGGUACUUGAAGAUAGCUGUGAAUUGGUUUCACUUGAACUUGUGAGCAAACAGUUUAAAGCUCUUGGGAUAUCUGGAGGUCAGGUUUGCUCUGUCGACUUGUAUGAAGAGAGCCUUGUCUUGCUCGAUAAGAAAGAUGCAAUUUCUUAUUGAGGCAAUGAAUAAGUAAGGUCAGAAAUAGGGGCAAAUGACUUUCAAGACUGUUUACUGUAGCUGUGAAAUGCGAUAACUUGCUGUAUGGAUUUUGUUAUGUCAGUCGCUCCAUCUACCAACUGAACUUUUGAACUCCAUCCAUGUAUCUAUCUAGUAUAUAUCUAAUAUGGAAAAGUAAUCCUAACUAGGAUUCACUUUUAAUGUGGAUCUUCUAUCAGACCUUAUCAUUAGUAAUCUCGUUUUAAUUUCAAAGAGAUAUGGGGAGUAAAUGACUGUAUUGGUAUACUGAUGUGAUAAUUGAAGAAUAUAUCAAUAUG